UACAGAGACAUUACAUCAUCAUAAUAGAAAAUUUUCACCAAAAAAUACAUUUAUGAAAUCAUUUGAAGAUAUUACAAUCCAUAGCAUUUGCAUAAAGUAGAUUUGUAAAGCUUAAUCACAUCCAAAAAAAUGCUAUUAAUCUAAUAUUCCACCUAAAAUUGUUCUUGUUAUUUUUAUCUUAUUGGAAAUUGAAGAAGAGUAACUAAUUAUGGUAGUACCUGCACUAGUUAAAGAAGAAAGUACACAGUAAAGAGCAAAUUAUCAAUUUCAAGAUUAGUUCAUUCUCUUCUAAUAUAUGUGAUUCAAGUAUUUUCAUUUUCUUUUAGUGGUAUAAAAGGAGUUGAAAAUAUUGUAAAGGCAUGAAAACACCACAAAUAUUAGAAACGUAAUUCGCUAUUUUCAUGAGAAUUAUUCAAACAAAAUAUCGUAAUGAAUUGAAGACACAGUUUUAUAAAUUGGUUCCCAUAUAUGAGUUUAUAAUAAGAAAAAAUAGGGUGUUUGACAUGAAUAGAUAAUGACGGAAUUAUUGGAUAUAAACUUUAUCAAAUAAAAACAUCAUAAACAAAUACUAUUUAUCUUAGAUGGUGGACUCUUGAAAAACGCUUUAAGCAUUGCCUAAAAGACAUAAUAAUUAUUAAUGAAUAUUUAUUUGAAUAAACUAUAUUUUAAAAUGCUACAACAAUAAUUAGUGAAAUAAAAUAUUACACAGAUUAUGUGAACGUUAGAUAAACCUUAGCCAGUUAAAGAUUUAUUAAUAUAAAUUAAUAAUUUAAUUGGACCAAAUUAGUUUGGUAUUCAACAUGUGAACCUCCCUUAGAAAAAAAGCACUCUAAUAAUUUUUCAAGUAAACUUGUCAAAUUUAUAACUGUCAGAAUUUUUGAAAACGAGAACGAGCUUUGAAAUACAGACAAAAAAUGGAUGAACACAGUGAAGAGAGCUAUGUAGCCAGCGAUGAUACGGACGAAGAAUUCUAUUCCCAAGUGUAUCAAAAUAUUGUUUAUACAAUACACAAGUGCCCAGUGCUCCGGGGAUUAUUUUUGAAUUGGUGCAAAUUGUCGCCAAAGGAAAAAACCUUUUUGAAUUAUUUAUCUAAUUACAUAUUAGACAGAGAUCAAAUUGAUUUGUAUCCUCCUAUUAUAGGAGGUUUAGAAUAUUGGAGUGAUGUCCAAGAUAACCAAGGAGCCUGCGGUUUUAAUGCAAAUCCUCUAAAUUUCAAAUUUGAUACAGCAAUUGAAGAGCAAAUAUUCGAAACAAUUGUUGUAAUUGAUGAGGUGGUAAUGAAUUUGCUUUUGAGACCCAUGUUAUGCAAGGACAUUCAGAAAGUUCACACCAAAAAAGACGAUAUCGCGGGACAAGGAGACGGUUAAACACGCACAGUUUUGAAGAAGUUUUUGAAUUCUUGUUAUUUUUUGAUAGUUUCAAUUUUCAGAUGUAGUUUUUCUACAUUUCAGUUAAAUAAAUCGUUCUAAUUGUU